GGUUACUAUGGCAAGAUGGUGGACCCAAACAUUACAUGUAGUCAAGGAAAGUGUAAAGUUUCUUCAUUAUAAUUUUGUGUUGUUCGAAAUAACUUAGAUUGAUAAUUGAAUCAUGUCGCUUUUCAAAAUUUGCAAUUGGUGGAAAACUCAGUGUCCAGACGUGGAACCCAAUUAUGAUUCGUUUUCCAUACACUGUACGCGACUCUGCUUGGAAGAAGGCGAAAAAGAUAGCAUUAUUGUUGGCUCCCAUUCGGGCUAUCUAUCGAUUUACCAGCCAUCGAACAAAGCAGCAUCGGAUGGAGACCUGGAGGAGGAUCAGUACUUCGAAAAUGUUUUCCAGCAUUCGGAUGUGAUACUGGAAACCAAACUAACACUGCCCGUUAUUGGAAUAACUAGUGGAAAAUUCACUACGGCCUCCAAAGCAGAAACUAAAUUACAUAUAGCGGUGCUACACCCAAUGAAAGUAUGCAUUUAUCAAAUAUUAACCCUAGACGGAAUUGCAGAUCAUGGCGAUCACACGAAGCUUUUACUACUGUAUGAGCAUCCUCUCGGCAAGGCGGCAUUUUCCAUGUGUCGAGGAAAUUUUGGCGGCGUAAAAGGACGAGACUUUCUCUGCAUUCAGCACAUGGAUGGAUCGUUGAAAUUUUUCGAACAAGAUGGGAUAUCUUUUGAGUGUGAUUUACCCGGUGAGCGGAACAUCCCCUCCCCGAUUCAUUAUGUACCACGAACCGAUUGCUUCGUUACGGUGUCACCAGGAUGGGAUUUGGAGUGCUACCGCUACCAGGACCUAUCCGAAACCAAUGUUUCCCUUCGGAGAACUGACCCGAUAUGGUCGAUUUGCGUGGGAGAAUAUGCUUUGGAUUUGAAUGUUCACCAAAUCUCUAACGUGGAAUCCUUGAUAAUUGUUUUAGGAGAAAAUAAUUUGCUUUGUAUUACGGACACUGGAAAAUUGAAGUUCAUCAAAAAGCUGGAUUACUCUCCCAUUAGUUUUCAUUCAUUUAUCAUUGGAUGGUAUUGGGAACCGGAUGCUCGACUUAUGAUAGCCAUAGUAUCCGAAAGUGGGUCGCUACUACUAUACGAAGAUUCCCAAAUAAUAUGGUCGGCCGAGUUGCCAGAAAUACCGGUAGCGAUAUCACGUGCCAACGUAUCCGGGUUGCCAGGAGCAUUAGUGACGAUGGAUAAUAAUGGUGUUCUCAGCGUAGGCUACUUGGGAUCCGAACCGCAUCUCUUCAAAGUUCCGCCGUUGAAUCUUGCCCCAUUUGAGGUAGAGAAGUGCCAGAAAGAAAUGAUGGAAUUGGAAAAGGAAAUACGGGCUGGCGUCGAUUUCACUGAUAUUGCCUUGACCAAUGCUGCCAGUGAACGUGAUGUAACUCUUCUCAUCAUACUGGAUACAAAACUUGAACGUUGUACAUAUCCCACUAAUGUCAACGUCAGUGAGCUCAGCAUGUGUCAAAUUGUGGUCACAGCAACAACUCAUAUCAAAUUAGAACUUCUUCAAAUAUGCAUUUCAGUAGAUCCAUCACUGAAGUGUAGUAAGCAGGUAUUUAUGUUCCGUGAUAUUACAGCUAAUCAUGUACAGAAAAUGGAAUCCUGGAUCUACCCAUAUGAACUUACUAUUCCUGCAGAUAUCACAAUUAACAUAUCAUGCUCUUACACUAAUAAACAAGGUAUCACUAGAGUCCUUCAAAAAUAUUCAGUUCUACCCUUAGAGAUGUUUGUGAAGCCCACACAAGCUUCCAAAGAAGCAACUCAUAAAGUUACAUUGACAAGUCAUGGAUCCGAGGAAAGCCUCGCAAAUCUGUUCCCAGAAUUCAUAAGUGAAGGUACUCCGCAUGCUUUAGGAUUGCUAUCGUUGAUAUCUGGGACAAAGGUCACCAUAGUGGCAGCCAAAAAUACAAAUCGCUACAGAGUACAAUCAGAAGACAUUCUUGGAAUACCGUUGAUGGUGUUUUCGCUCAUCGAACGAAUUAGUCGCCGCAGCAAUUGUAACACUAAUCAAGAUGGUAAAAAUUCUCCACUGAAGGUGUCCAUUUCUUCAAGUCCUCCGAUCGAAGCAUUACUAGAGGAAGUUGAUAAACACUAUAAUCUCCGGCAGCAGUUUUCAAAAAUUACGGAUGAAUUGGAAAUUCGCGCCGGCCAGAUGCGACUCUUUGAACGAAGAUUUGUCGUCAAACUGCAGCAGCGCUCGCUGCGUGCAUUAGAUGGAAUUCUCAUGCUCCUGAAAAAGAAUCACAAUGGGAUCGCCAAGACAUAUAACGAAUUGAAAGAGAUUCAACUUCAGCUUCGCUUAUCUCAAAUUCAUCUGUCGGCACUACUCAAUUUGUGCGAAGCUUGUUUUAUAUAUUCGGACAUCCCUUCUAAGUAUUUGGAAACGGUGCGAAGCAUAUUUGUAACGCCAGUGUUCGACUGUUCCGAUCAUUGCUGGGAAGAAAUGAUGCAUCCCAUGGUCAAAUUUUUAUCUCAAAACGGACCACUUCGUGCAACAUCAGGCAUAUCAUCGUUUGAUGAGAAGUAUGUAUUUACAACUGACGAAACGUUCCACUUCGAGCAGUUCAAGAGACAAUUGUCGACACUGUUUGCUCGUAUUGGAGAAAAGCGUUCAAAAACAGGCAGAUCAAGCGCAGAUUUCGAGGAGGAAUUGGAAGAACUUGCCGACGAGAAUGCAUCGACCAGCGAUUGGGUAAGCUAUGAGAAGCAGAGUGACAUGCCCUUGUGAGCAAUCGAAUAGUUUACAAAUUCGUUCGAAAAUAAAUAAAUAAUAA